UGAUGACAUCAUGGGGCGGGGCCUCGGGCGGCGGGAAGAGGCGGCGGGAACAUGGAGGUGGAGGAGAGCUGCAGUGGGGCGGCCGAGCACGGGGCCCAGGACCCUGCCCCGGGCCCCAGCAAGGCCCCCGGCAGCGCCGGCCACUACGAGCUGCCGUGGGUUGAGAAAUAUAGACCAGUGAAGUUGAAUGAAGUAGUUGGGAAUGAAGACACUGUGAGCCGGCUGGAGGUCUUUGCUCGAGAAGGGAAUGUGCCCAAUAUUAUCAUUGCUGGCCCCCCAGGAACUGGCAAAACUACAAGCAUCCUGUGUUUGGCACGAGCCCUUCUGGGCCCAGCUCUCAAGGAUGCUGUUUUGGAACUCAAUGCCUCAAAUGACAGGGGCAUUGAUGUUGUGAGAAACAAAAUCAAAAUGUUCGCCCAGCAGAAAGUCACCCUUCCCAAAGGACGACAUAAGAUCAUCAUCCUGGAUGAAGCAGACAGCAUGACUGAUGGAGCCCAGCAAGCCUUGAGGAGAACCAUGGAAAUCUACUCCAAAACGACUCGCUUUGCUCUUGCUUGCAAUGCUUCAGAUAAAAUCAUAGAGCCCAUUCAGUCCCGCUGCGCAGUCCUCCGCUACACAAAGCUGACCGAUGCCCAGGUCCUCACCAGGUUAAUGAACGUGAUCGAGAAGGAGAAUGUGCCGUACACCGACGAUGGUCUUGAAGCCGUUAUCUUCACCGCCCAGGGAGACAUGCGGCAGGCGUUGAACAACUUGCAGUCUACUUUCUCAGGAUUCGGCUUCAUUAACAGUGAGAAUGUGUUCAAGGUCUGCGACGAGCCGCACCCGCUGCUGGUGAAGGAGAUGAUCCAGCACUGUGUGAAUGCCAAUAUCGACGAAGCCUACAAGAUUCUCGCUCACCUGUGGCAUCUUGGCUACUCACCAGAAGACAUCAUUGGCAACAUUUUUCGAGUGUGUAAAACCUUCCAAAUGGCAGAAUACUUGAAACUGGAGUUUAUUAAGGAAAUUGGAUACACUCAUAUGAAGAUAGCCGAAGGUGUGAACUCUCUUCUGCAGAUGGCAGGGCUCCUGGCCAGGCUGUGUCAGAAGACAAUGGCCCCGGUGGCCAGUUAGAGUGGAGAACUCAUUGAUGGGGUGACAAGAGUCCCUGACAGUCGGGACUCACAGCCUUCUGCUCUGGGGAGAAUGCUGCCCAGGCUGGCAGUGGGACUCGCCUUUUAGUAACAUGCCGUGGCCUUCCCCAUGCUUCUACACACAUCUCCAGCGUGUUUGCAUUCAGCCCCAGGCUCUGAGAUGUGGUGACGGGGGAAAGGCCGCAGAGAAUGUCCAGGGCACGGCACCCACCUGGGUGUGUGUUGGCAUUUUAGCUAAUAAAACUGUACAAUUGAUCAGCAGUGAUGUGGCAGGGCAAGUCUGCAAAGAAAGCCAGCUUCCUGUCUGCGUGCUUCUUGCAUCCUACAAGUAGAAAAGGUGAUUUAGAUGACAGACGGGACAAGCGAAUCUCAAUUUUUCUGGAGGUCAGUUCCACGGGGUGAGGGCAGGGUUUGUUGUAAUUUACUGACCAUUUAGAAAAACUACUCAACAGCUUGGGGCCAUGAGCUCUUUCGAAAGGACUGAAGGUGUCGCUGAGGAAAAUGGUGCAGGCUUGGCGCAUGGAGACUGCCAGGUCACCUUGUCUGUACAGUCCUUGUUGAUUUGGCAUUUCCCAGUAAACUUUAUAUUAACCUGUGGAAUUGCUUUUUUUGUAAGAUACUAUUUUUUUAAUUAUGAAAAAUACCAAUUGUACAUAACAUUGAAUGAUAUUCACAUACUCAUCACCAUCUUAGCAGUUACACCAA